AUGGCGUGCACUUAUCAUUCCCCCUCUGAAAAGGCCUCUUCAAAGCCAAAAGCGGCUAAACAAGGUCAAGCCGUCCGACACUGCUCCUUUUGCAAUCUCGAUGGCCACGACCUUAACCGCUGUUUCAACGUGGCUCGUCUCAUUGAAAAUCACAAGUCAACUCAGGCCCAACCAAAGAAUAAGAAGUCCGCCAGUAACCGUGUCUCUUCCUCUACCUCCACCUCCAACUACCCGGCUAAAGCCGGGCGUAUCUCUGCUGCUAUCCUUGGAGACCAACAAUCUGGUGACGAAUCGGACUUUUCCGGCUCUGAGCUUGAAAUUAGGGCAGGCCAUGCUGCUGUCUCCCUGUCGGUUUCAUCUCCUCAGCGACCCAUCCCCUCUGGCGAUGCAAAUUUGGACUCAGGUUGUUCAAUCUCCAUGACCCCCGAUCUCAAUGCCAUUUCCUUUGCCAAGCCUAACAACACCCCGGUCCGACUUGCCGAUCAUUCCACCGUUGAAGCCAGUCACAAGGGAAUCUCUUGCCUCCCGCUCAAGGGUCUCUGUGACACCGGCCUCACUGCGGUAUUCACUCCUACUUCCUGCGAUAUCUAUUCGACUGUCGACACAAAAGUCUCCGGUUCACUCGUGGGCAGAGGUUAUAGACGUGGAAUUCUCUUUUAUCUUCCCUCUCAACCAGUUGGUCAUCCCUCCUCAUCCCUCACCUUGGACAAAAAAGUUGACAAUACUCUCUUGGGAUAUCACCAACGCUUUUCUCAUAUAGGUCUCCAACCGUUGAAGGCUCUCCUGAAAUCGCAAGGGAAUAACUCCAACGUUGUGGAAUGA